UCGCAGCGGGCUUUUACGACACCGUGGUGACAUACGGUCGUUGCCGUGACGCUCCACCGGUCUGUGGGAAACAUGUGAGACUUGCUUAUUCUGUUUUACUUUCCAACAGUCUUUUUUUUAUAUUCGGGAACCAUUUAGACGUUUACUAUCAUCAUGCACGAACGGUUCCUUCCCGCCUCUCCCAAUUGGUACUGUUCCCGCUGCUGUGACAUCAGCAGCGGCGGCUUACUCGGCGUCGGAGCCAAAAGCUUCAUCUAUUUGAUUGAUGUGUCAGCAUCUACCUGCAGUCCUCAAGGUGUUCUCGUGGGCCACAGAGGCUUGGUGUCGGGCGUUUCCUUCUGCCAAGAUGUGACGCAGAGUCACAUCUGUGCCAGCUCCGCCGGCGACGGCGUCGUCAUUUUUUGGGACACUAACACUCGAACUCUCUUACGGGAGCAUGCGACUCAUCAGAGCGCCGUCUCGGCCUUGCACUGGUCCCCGCUGGACAAGAACCUGGUGGUGUCGGGUGACGAGAAAGGAAUCGUGGCUUGUCACUGGUACAACACGGGAGACACGGCCAGCUUCUUCCCCGAAGCCAAAAGUAUCGUUUGCCUCACCUGCUCCCCGCACAACUGGAGCACUGUGGCGGUCGGGUACAAAGACGGCCUGAUUUUGCUGAUCGACGUGAGCAAGAAGGGCGAGGUGACGCGUCGGCUGCGCGGCCACGACGAUGACAUCCACUCUCUGGCGUGGUCGCCGCUUGCCGGCGAGGAUACCCUCAACUGGAGAGCGGAGGCUGGCGACGAUAAUGCUUUGAACGCGGUCAGUGCGGGAGAGGAGAAGGGCUGCUACCUGGCGUCGGGAAGCAAAGACCAGACGGUGAGGAUCUGGAGCGCGUCCACGGGAAAAGGCGUGACCACCUUGAAGCUGCCCUACCUGAAGAGACGAGGCUCCGCAGUCGACCCGACGCUCAAAGAAAGACUCUGGCUCAACGUCCACUGGCCCAAAUCCCGACCCACGCAGCUCGUUUCCACCUGCUUCAGCGGCGAAAUGGUGAUGUGGGACCUGGCCCGGACGGGCAAGCAGAAGUGGAUCCUGUUCGGCUCGUCGUCCGAGGGCCAGAACCACAGCAGGAUCGUGUUCAACACCGCCGGCUUCACGCUGCCCGACGGCCGCCAGCUGCUCGUCAGCACGUCCUUAGACAGAGAGGUGAAAUGUUGGGACCUGUCCGAGCUGGAGUGCCUGUGGACGCUGCCCACGCUGGGCGGCUUUGUGUACAGCCUCAGCUUCUCGCCCGUGGCCACCGGCUGCCUGGCGCUGGGCGUGGGCGACAGCAUGAUCCGGGUGUGGAACACCCUGUCCGCCCAGAACCGCUACGAAGCCCGCUGCUUCUGGCAGGGCGUCAAGUCCAAAGUCACAGCGCUGGCUUGGCAUCCAAAACGAGAGGGAACCUUGUCGUUUGGAACAGAAGACGGCAAAGUGGGAAUCUACGAAGUCUUCUCCAGCAAACCGCCUCAGAUUUCGAGCACCUACCACAAAAAGACGGUGUACUCGCUGGCCUGGGGACCGCCGCUCCCUCCGAUGUCAUUUGGCGCGGCGGAGGGCAAGGCGUCUCACAGCCUGUACAGCUGCGCCGGCGAGGGUGUCAUCCUUCAGCACGACCCCACCAAGCUGAGCGGCGACGCAUGCGACAUUGACAAACUCAUCCGGCAGACAAAUAACAUCAAGCACAAGCUAUCUCCUCACACCGACCUCAGCUGGAAGCCGGACGGCAAAGUCGUGGCUAUCGGCAACGAGGACGGGUGCAUCGACGUCUACCAGGCUCCGUCGCUGAAGCUGCUGUGCAGCAUCCAGCAGCACCACAAGGUCAUCAACGUGCUACGAUGGCACCCUGAAGACAACGUGCCCGCGGAACUGCACGGCCUGCUAGCCUCGGGCUCCUGCAAUGCCAUCAUCUACGUCCACGACCUGCGGCAGGUCGUAGAGAAGCCUCCGGAGAGCCCGUUGGUGUUGACGGAGCCGUAUCGCAGAUUGUGCGGCCACACGGCCAAAAUCACCGGCCUGGCUUGGAGUCCGCAUCACAGCGGCAGGCUGGCCAGCGUCUCGUACGACGGAACCGCCCAGGUGUGGGAUGUGCAGCAGGAAGCGGCGCUCUCCAACUACCGCGGCCACGUGGGCUCCCUGCUGAGCGUCGACUGGUCCCCCGUGGAUCCGGACGUCCUCUGGACCGGAGGGAAGGACUUCACCGUGCAAGAGUGGAGAGUCUCCAAGCAGGAGUUCACCAAGCCGCCCAAAGGUAAGAAGAUGGUGGACCUGAAGGAGAAGGCCAAGCAGAAGAAGAAGAGCAAAAAGCCAUCGGAAGCGGUGUGUGCGCCAGGCAACGGCGAGCACGUGACCGAGGCGGCGGCGGCGGCCAGUAAUGGACAUGAAGCCUCGGAUGAAGCCGAACAGGAAGAGGUCCGCUCUGCCAGCAGUCCUGUGCCUGCGCCAGCGACGCAACGGAAAAGCGCAACUGGAGGCAAGAGCAAAGACCAACAAGUGUUUGCAGACUCAAGCGCUCAGAAGAAGAAGAAGUUUCGCUCCAUCCUUCCCCUCAGCACGUCCAUGGACCAUCGGCCCAAAGAGGAUCUGCUGCAGGAUUGUCUCACCCUGGCCUCCAUGACGCACGACACGACGCCUCCGGCAGGCCAGGGCGAGCAUCUCCACCUUGGCCUUUUCUCCGACAGAGCCGCCCUGCGCCGGAUGUUCCAAGCAGAAGAAGAGGCUCACGUGGAGAGCGGCCACGUCGAGUCGGCCGUCUACCUGCGGCUGUGGAGCGGCGACCUGGAGGGGGCGCUGCGACUGGCGGCGGACAGAGGAGAGCUGAGUGACCACCUCAUCGCCGUGGCUCCUAUGGCGGGCUACGCGGUGUGGCGCGAUGCCGUGGAGCGCUACGUCAAGCAGCUGUGUCUGCAGGAGCAGCACGUGAAGGCGGCCGCUCACCUUCUGUCCAUCAAUCAAGUGUACCAGGCCGUCCAGUUGUUACACUCGCACAAGCUCUACAGGGAGGCGAUCGCUCUGGCCAAAGCGCGGCUGCCGGAUGAAGAUCCCGUCCUGAAGGAACUCUACGGCAGCUGGGCCGUCGUUUUGGAAAAAGACGGACAUUUCUCCGCAGCCGCCAAAUGUUACAUUGCGGCGGGUGCCAGCUUCGACGCCGCCAAAGUGAUUGCCCGCAAGAACGACGCGACCUCACUGAGGACGGCGGCGCUGUUGGCCAGCGUGGCGGGCGAGGUCGCUCUGGCCCAGUCGCUGGCGCUGCGUUGCGCCAAAGAUUCGGCGGCGGCGCGGGACUGGGUCGCUGCGCAAGAGGUCCUCGCCUCCCACAAGGGCCUCCUGGUUCACAGGCUUCACCUCAGCGUGGCUGAGCUGCUGUGCGCCUCCCUCGCCGACGUCCUCCCCGAGAUGCGUGGCACUGGGCACGCAUGGCCGGCCGAGGGCAGCAUCCUGGAGCGGGCGCGCGAUGUCUGGACGCAACACUUUGGCGUCGACUCGGAAGGCGACCACGACCGCGACGACCUCCGCGCUCUGCUUGUGGAGCUCCAGAACAUGGAGGGCCCAGCGCUAACCGCUAGCCUCCCACUCACGCAGGUGCUGUUGGGUUUGUCCCGUCACGUGGCCAGUGGGAUCCUAUCGUGGUUACUCGACAACGACGGUGGCACGCUGGCGAAGGAGCUGUGGCUGGCGGCAGCAUGGCUCCGGGAGGCCGCCGACUUUCACGUCUCGGGUGCCCUCUUUCUGAUUCUGGCGGCUGCCUUGACAGAGGUCCAUCGCGACGUGGGUGAAGAAGCCCGAGCCGAGGGCGACACCUUACGGGCGUGGGCCGCCUACCACCGUCUGUACGAGUUGUGGUGGCGAUGCGCGGCUGAUGAUGUCAUCAGCAACGGGCUCCAUGCCGAAGGAUGCCCGGAAGAAGCCAAGACGUCCGGUGAGCUGGACUUUGAUGCAUCUUUGCUGCUGUCCGACGCUCACGCCGCGUGGCAGGCCGAGCGGCGGGCCAUGGAGGGGGUGCAGCAGCGCCUGGCCGCCAUGGUGGCGCAGCACGGACGCAACAUGGCCGCCAACGGGGAGCAACCUGCCGGGGCUGAACAGUCUGAAGAAGAGGAGACUUUUCUCUCCUUGAGCGCAAAGAUGGCAAAACACCAAACGCAGCUGGCUGACAUUCCUGAAACCAUCAAGUUGUGUCCUCGUCCCGAUGUGGCAGAGUGUUGCCUGGUCCUCCUCCACCUCGGCGCCUCCAUUUCCGAAUCCCUGCAGAGGGACGCCAAAGACCUGCUGCGGAAACACGGAACAUGCCCGAUGCUAAGCAAGGCCUCCCGGCGAUUCUUGAGCUAAGUCGUGGACCCAAUUUACUGUACAGCCAUUUUGUUGAAUUAAAAACAAAAAGUUAGAACGUA